AUGACUUUCAUUCACGAGACAUCGAGUUCGUUACUCGCUAUCAUGAAGGUUCUUGAGUCCGAGAAAACCUUGAUGCACGAGGUGUAUUCUCUUCUCAAGGUAAAACUUGCAGCUUUGUUGAAAAGAUGGAAUAGCAUGCCAACAGAAAGCUAUGGCAGUGUUGACCUACUUUUGAACAUGACUGAAGAGGCUCUGAGGUUAAAGCUUGUUGAUUCCUUCUCUGCCUACUAUCAGAUGAUUCAAAAGUCGACGCAAGAUGAGGUGUCAGCAACGCCCAUUUAUAAUUACUACAAGCUGCUGGUUGAUCCGCACUUCCUGAUUGACGUCGGGUCUAUAAUGCUAAGUUGGAUAAUCAUGGGGUUCAAUGAACCAACCAUGGAGCCAUAUCUGGCAGAGUUCCACAUGAAUAGCGCACAAAUCGGCGUCGUCUUCAUGGUUCAAUAUGCCAGCUACACCGUAGGCUCUAUAUGUUCAGCAGUCUUCUGCACUUAUAAGAUGGAAGCGGGGUUCGGGCUGAUAGGACACAUUCUAGCCAUUCUGGCUUACAUACUGCUUGGACCAGCACCCUUCAUUCCCUGCGAACCGACCUUGUGGAUGGCUUACAUUGCACAGGUUUUCAUCGGAAUAGGUACAGCUGCGCAGUUUGCCUGUCAUUACUGCCACGCAAUUAAAGUCGCCAUGUAA